AUGGCGGACAAGAAGUGGCUGUUAGGCCCGGGGCCGCUGGAACCGAUGCCCCUGGGCAUGAACUGCAAGCCCUGGUACAAAGAAAAGUUACCUUCCAAGUGUUUCGCAAAGCACAAGAACAGGCUUCUGAAGUUCCCCACCUCCCUGGACAGCCGGCGGUGGAUAUUUGUGAAAGAGGGGCUGGACGAUUUCAGGAGGGGCUGUCCACCUUGUGAAGAUCUGAUCACUCGCGGCCCUAAGGAGGGCUUUCUCCCCAUGAUUGCUCACAGAGUUCCCCAACCUGCCCCCAAAAAGAGUGAGAAAAAGCAGUCCAAAGAAGCAGACCUGUUUUCCACACUCUCAUCAGCCCAGCUAGCACGGAAGAGAUUUGUAGAGGACAUCGAAGCCCGCCUGACCGAGCACCCCUUGGCUCUUUACCCAAGUCUAGAGGAAGAUCUACCUGCAGACCUCUUAUUAAAGGUGCUGGAAGUGCUUGAUCCUCACAGGAAGCUGGAGGACACAUGGGCUUAUUAUCAGGGCACCAGGAAAAGAACGAAGUCCCCCACAAAGCUUUGUAAAAAACAUCCUGCCAGAGACUACCUGGAACUUCCCAAGAAGACUCCUGUGUCGCAUCCAGACAAUUUGCUUCAUGAAGAAAAGAAGUCAAGCAGAAAGGAUUCGCUCGAAGAUUCUCCUUCUUAUAGAAAAAUACCAAGAAGAAUUCGUAAAUUCUGCGAAUGGGUUGCUACUUUUGGAGACUUCGACAUUGAGGAAGAGUUCCUCGUGAAGCAGUUUGACCGUAUCUUGGAGUGCAAACCAAACUAUGACACGGGCCACAGGAAGAAAAUAAACAAGGUUCCUUCAGCGCUAAAGUACACCCUGCCGCCAGAUAAAGUGAAGGAGAUAAGAUUCUGCAUAGACGAACUCAACUUGGAGAGGAAACUCCAGAAACCACACUGUCCGUAUAAAGUAAACCGGGUGAAGAUGAGGUAUGGAGCAUGGUACCUGAAGCCCAAGUUGUGGAAAAAGCUAAUAAAUGAUGAACCUUUGAUUGACCCCAAGGUCUUACUUGAAGGUCAAGAUGGGAGUUUUGGAAAGAAUGUUCCUCAACAGGACAUUCUUGAAGAUCUUUAUGGAACAAUUGCCUUUAAAGAUUUCAUUGUAAGCAAGGGCUACAAGAUGCCAGACAUCCUUGAGAAAUUGUUUACCAGGAAGGGAUGGACAUAUGAUUCUGUUAAGACUCCUAUACACAGAGUAAUAAGACUCUACACAAGGGUAGAAGAAGAUUCACAGGAAGAUGAUUAG